ACAACCACCCAGGAAGCCAAAGGCAAGCGCCCCCUGCCAAAGUGCCUUGGCCCAUAAGAUGGAAAGAGUGAGCCCCAGAUGUGAUGAGUGCUUCCAGGCUUCGGGCUCAGAAGGCGCCCAGGCCCCAGCUCUCCUGUAACUCAGAGGCCAGUGUGAUGGGAGCUUCUCCACUCAGCACACGUCCGCUGUAAGCACGCCUGUGCUGGGCGAAAGGGGUUUGGGACAGCUGCUUGUCUUUGAUCUCCUGUGUAAUCUCCACUCUCAUUUAUGAUAAUGUCGAACGUGCAGCACAAAGCUCAGCUAGAACGCCGGAUCGCUGGCUCAACCAACCGGUGGCGUUUCCCCAGACAGCCUUUUUCUGGAGACCUGCUCUCACUUUCCCAGAAGUGCAAGGCUCUGAGUGUAGACUUUGAGGAAGCUCUGAGGAACCCAGACAGGUUAUGCAUUUCACAAAUUCAGAAGCUUUUCUGUGGGAAUUUGAAGAACGAGGACAUCCAAAGUGGGGAAGCAGAUGUGAUUCUCGAGUGCCUGGGCUUCAAAUGGGAACUCCAUCAGCCCCAGCUUUUCCAGUCUCAGACCUUGGCCAAGCUCUACUUGGAAGCCCUGGCACAGGGCAGCACAUCUCCCCGGAGGGAGCUGGAGAAGCUUCUGCGAGCUCAAUCCCCUAAGAAGACCAAAGAAAGAUCCCCUGUGAAGAAGAUGAUCAUUUCCUUGAAGAUCAAUGACCCCCUGGUCACUAAAGUCCCCUUCGCCACGGCCCUGAAGAGCCUCUACAUGAGUGAGGUGGAGAUUCACUUGGACCACGUGCUGGGAGUCCUGGCUUCUGCCCACAUCCUCCAGUUCAAUGGCCUGUUUCAAAGGUGCGUGGAUGUGAUGAUGGCCGGUCUCACGCCAAUCACCAUCAGGAAGUUCUACGAGGCUGGCAGCAAGUACAAGGAAGAGCAGCUUACCACGGCCUGCGAGAAGUGGCUGGAAAUGAACUUGGUUCCUCUACUGGGGACACAGGUCUACCUCCGCAGAAUCCCGCAGGACCUGCUCCACAAAGUACUGAAGUCUCCCAGGUUGUUUACCUUUAGUGAAUUCCGUCUUGUGAAAACAAUACUUUUUUGGGUCUUCUUGCAACUAGACCACAAGAUUAUGGCAAUUCCAACUCAGGAAACCAUGCUGACGUUUUUUAAGAGCUUUCCCAAGAACCGUUGUUUUCUGGACCGAGAUAUAGGACAGAGAUUGAGGCCGCUCUUCCUCAGCUUGCGUCUGCACAACAUCACCAAAGGCAAGGAUCUGGAGGAGCUGCAGGACCUUAACUUCUUCCCAGAGUCGUGGCUGAACCAGGUUACAGCCUACCAUUACCACGCACUGGAGAACGGAGGCGACAUGGCUCACCUGAAAGAUCUUAACACUCAGGCUGUGAGAUUUGGACUGCUCUUUAACCAGGAGUAUACAACUUAUUCAAAAAAGAUUGCUGUAUAUGGAUUCUUCUUUGAGAUAAAGGGACUCAAACAUGAUACUGCCUCUUACAGUUUUUACAUGCAGAGAAUAAAGCACACAGACCUGGAAUCCCCUUCCAUGGUCUCCAAGCACAAGCCUGUCAGCCUGCGAGCGGUGCGCCUGGUGAAGUAUGAGAUCAGAGCCCGGACCCUGGUUGACAACAAGUGGCAGGAGUUCGGGACAGACGAGGUCUUGCAGAAGUUCGACUUGGCCAAGCCAUCCUGCAAAAGUCGUACCUUGAAAAUCCAAACUGUGGGCAGCCCAAUCUAUGCAACUUUUGCAUUCAUCUUCCCACCAUCUUGACAGUUUCCAGAAGAAUCUAUGGGAUUUCCCAAGACACGGACCUGCAUAAAAGAAAAUAAAAUGGCGUGAAAAGGUA